AUGUUUGGAAUUGUUCAAAUUAUCCUAUGGAUUUACACUAGAAGAAGUAAACUUUCGAAUAUGUCGACAUAUACAAAAAUAGUUUUCAUAAUUCUUACCAUUCAACUACUUAAUACACUAUUCAUCGUGAUAAUUUUCUCAACAUCCUUCAUUGCUGUUGUGACAGCAUUAUUGAUUGCAUUUGUGAAGGAAAUAAGUGAUACAUUCCCAUUGAAUGUUAUUACUUUGUUUAUUUAUACGAUAACCUUAGCUACAGCUAUUGAAAUAUUAGAUAUAUUGGUGGAUGUGCGUGCUAAACUUGGUGCAUUUGGAAUCAGUCUAACAUUAUUUACAUCGGCAUUACUUAUUGGUGCAGCUAUCAAAACAAGAUUAGGAGACUUUAACGGCUAUUCGAGUAUUUUAAUCACAAUUUUCAAACACUCGCCAUCAGCGAUCAUAUUCUACAUACUUACAGAUAUAUUGCUAUUUGCAAUAACAAUAUUUGUCAGUCAAAUAACACUUGGCAAAUUACAAUUACGUAUCUUUCGUACAGAAUAUACUUUGGCUGCAUUAUUAUUAUAUAAUAUGUUUUCAACUACAUAUUUAACCACUACUGGUAUGAUUUGUAACAUAACCAGUACUUGUAAUAGUUCAAAUGCAUCCAUUUAUCCAUUCAACAAUUUACCGGGUUAUAUAAUUUGA